AUGAAGUUUCAAUUGCACUCUCCUGAGUAUUGGUGUUCCAUCGCUUACUUUGAAAUGGAUGUUCAAGUAGGAGAGACAUUUAAGGUUCCGUCAAGCUGCCCUAUUGUUACUGUUGAUGGAUAUGUGGACCCUUCUGGAGGAGAUCGCUUUUGCUUGGGUCAACUCUCCAAUGUCCACAGGACAGAAGCCAUUGAGAGGGCAAGGUUGUGCAUAGGCAAAGGUGUGCAGUUGGAAUGUAAAGGUGAAGGUGAUGUCUGGGUCAGGUGCCUCAGUGACCAGGCAGUCUUUGUACAGAGUUACUACUUGGACAGAAAAACUGGGCAUAUGCGCGGAAUAGGUGUUCAUAAGAUCUGCCCCAAAAUGUAUGUUAAGGUUUGUCAGCUGCUGCUGGGAUCGGGGUUGAUGACCUUCGUCGCUUAUGCAUCCUCAGGAUGAGCUUUGUGAAAGGCUGGGGAUCAGAUCGCCCAAUUCUGAGCAUCAAGGAGACGCCUUGCUGGAUUGAGAUUCACUUACACCGGGCCCUUCAGCUCCUAGAUGAAGUACUUCACACCAUGCCUAUUGCCGACCCACAACCUUUAGACUGAAACCUUUACUGUUGGAGCCCUUAACAUUCAUUGUCAGGAUGAUGGACUGUAACAUACAAUCCUGUUUAUAAUCUGAAGAUAUAUAUCACUUUCGUUCUGCUUUAUCUUUUCAUGAAGGGUUGAACACAUGUUUUGCUGCCUUGCUCCUAGCAGACAGAAACUGGAUUAACCCCCCCUCCCCCCCGCCCCCAUUUAGAACUUUUCAGGCAUGGCUCAGAACUUGAAGGUCAGGAAAAACACAUUCUUAUUAAAUUUACUGCACCAGUUAUGUAUGAAGGAAUCAUUCCAAUCCUGGAAAAUUUAGCCCUUUAAAAUGUCUUAGACAUUUUUCUAUGCAGAACAUUGGUAUAUGUGCUAUUCUAAAGAGUAAACUCAAUAUUGCUGAUUUUAAAGGCAGAGACGUUCUCAAAGUUAAUUCACCUGUUACUUUGUGUGUACGUUGUUAUUGUUGAGCAGACUUUACUCCAAAAUAUUGUGCCAUGUGGGUGAGUUAAUGUUACCAAGAGCAACUUUACUCUGUGUUUAAAAAAUAAGACAGUAAUGUAUUAUAAUCUUUAAUCCAAAAUAUAUUUUCUGCAAGUUAAACUAGUGAAGAUGAUUUCAA